GGGGGUAUGUAUUUUCAAAGGGUCGAGGCUUGGAAAAGUGAUAUCGGCCCCUGUUGAGACUUCAAGGGUUGAUGUCCCGGAGCAGUGUGCCUCGGAGUGCCUAAAGCUUCCCCCGUCAAAGUGUCUCAGCUUCAACUAUGACUACGGACACAAUGACUGCGAACUGCUGGAGGAGAUAGAGGGACACGGUGUGGAGAUGCAUGAGGUCGGCCAUUUCCACAAUUUCGAGCGGCUCGGAGUCGGCCAUGCUGUGGAGUUCCGGCACGAGAAUCUACAGCUGCAUCAUAAUGAGCUCCACUACUUUAACUUCUUCCUCAAGAAUACGCUGGGUUACGCCAACACGCUGACGUCCCCCGGAGUUCUGACUGACUUCACCCCUCCGAGCCCAGGCCCGCUGGAGAACGUCAUCAUGGACGUACUGAUGACAGAGGACUGUGGGGACUUUGUUCUGGAUCACUGGGAGCGUGCACGGUGUGUGGAGCAAACGCCUCUACAGAACCACAGGUGGAUAGUAGACGGAGAAGGUUCCCGCACUGUGUUUAAUGGACACGAGCCACUGGUGGACAUGCGGUACACACGCGCUAACAGAUAUGUGUCAGCGAAUUGGGAUGGUUUUCAUGAUAAUGAAACCGGUAUUCAUGGUUACUCGUGGACCGUGGGAACAACUCCAUGCCAAGAAGAUGUCCAUCCUCACAUAGACCCGCAUGCGCACCUGUUCGAUGUGUCCGAAUGGACGCACGAAGGCAUAGCAAGUCCUCUCUUUUUGGAAGAUGGGAAGUAUCACGUUACGGUCCGAGCUAUCAACAGCGUUGAGUUCGGCGGUGCCAUGGCAACGACAGUGUGCCACACCACGCCCUACGUCAUAGACAACACUCCGCCAUUUGUUCAUCACGUUCACAGUGUGCGAUAUGAUGAUGACGUCAUUUCUGCAGAGUAUAAUGUCAGUGAUCCCCUUUCUGACAUCCAGGAGAUUGAUUUUGGACUAGGGCGGAGCAAACGUGACGUACACAUGAUGGACUGGUAUCGCCAUGGCAACACAACACACACGUCUGUCAACUUCCACAUACCUGAUGGGGUACCGGCAUGGGUCAAAGUUCGGGCAAUUAACAACGUGGACUUACGGGAGGUGGGUCAUGCCGAGUACCCACUGCUGGUGGACACGACUCCGCCUGUAGCCGGGACCCUGUAUGAUGGUAGUGUUCACGGUCAUGACCUGAACUUCACCUCGGACCCCAACACGAUAUGUGCCAACUGGAAGGACUUCCAUGAUGAGCACAGUGGUCUGAGUCACUACCUGUGGGGAGUAGGUACGGUACCUGGAACAGACGAUGUGGUUCCUCUGACUGACUACCCUCACACGGCAUCGCAGGCAUGCGCAGACGUUCAACUAAGUCACAACAGAACCUAUUUCUCCAUACUUGUAGCAGUCAACAAUGGGCACCAACAUCUGAACGUGACAGCGUGGUCAGAUGGAAUCCUGUUUGACGCAACCCCACCGGUGGAAGGGACCUUACGUGACGGUUUGGAGCCAGACUCGGACUUGGCGUUCUCGUCCGAACCUUCCACCGUGUCCGCCAACUGGGCCGGCUACAGCGACUUGGAGUCAGGGAUCGGGGACUACGCCGUCACGGUGCAAAGAACAUCUUCCAUUGAUGGAAACGGGACACCUUCUCCGGAAAUCAUUCACGACAAGACCUCAGUAGGCCCCGACACUACCCAAAUCAACUGGCACAAAUUCCACCUACGUCACGGGGAUCACGUGUCCGUCCAACUAGAGGCAACCAAUCAGGCGAUGGGUUCGACCAUGACGUCAUCUAAUGGUUUCGUGCUCGACCUGACUAGGCCUGUGAUGGUUCACUUGGGAGAUGGGGCGGGGCCUGGAGAGGACAGAACAUACUCGGCCGACGCGUCAUGCAUAUCUGCCAACUGGAUAUUCGAAGACACGGAGUCUGGAAUAAAGAAGUAUAAGAUCUCGGUGUUUAGGAAGGUUGCUGGGACAAAGAGACAAAUAUAUCCUGAAAGGGGACGAACAAUUGAACUAAAUGGUAAGGAGACUUUCUGGACAUCACCAGCAUCACUUAACCUGUUGGACGGUUCGCUGUACUCUGUGCGAGUCUCGGCCGUUAACGGUGCCGGAGCAACAACGGUGCACGAAACCAACGGUGUGAUCAUAGACACCAGUCCACCAGAUAUGAUUAAUGUGAGGAUCGGUGUGACAUCCGGAGAGCCCGAGGAGCUAGAGGACGGCUAUGCUCUCCACACAGACCUACAGGGCAUACAGGCGUCCUGGAUGGCUACUGACUUCGAGAGUGGUGUGGUGUCUUAUUGGGUCUCUGUCGGGACGACACCAGGUGACAGUGACGUCAGCGACUACCAAAGCCUUGGCUCCGGAAGAGACGGUUACAUCGGCAACCUCAAUCUUCAAGUUACAAACAAAACCACUAACUCGCCAAUCUACUAUCUAACGGUGAAGGCUAAAAAUGCAGCUGGGAUCUUUUCAAGGAACAUUACUUCAAGCCCCAUAAAAGUAGUCCGAGCUGACCAGGCCGGGACGGUGACUGACGGCUGGGAGGCGUGGUCUACAGUAGAGCAUGCCAUGGCUGUGGAUAUCGACUAUCAGAGGGAUGUGUCAACUGUCACUGUCCGGUUUAGCGGGUUUGAGAGUGAUCAGCACGGCAUCAUCCAUUACGAGUGGUCGGUGGGGACGGAGCCGAGACUGGACGAUGUGCAGCCGUACACAGCUUCGGGGAUCGUACUGUCGGACCAUACCGAUAAUCCUGGAGGAGGUCUCAGUAGCCACGGACUGGCCCAGUCCCUCCUGCCCCUGAGCCCCGGUGUACAGUACUACGCUACAGUCCGAGCUAUCACAGGUGCCGGUAACGUGCUGGACUUCUCUACGGACGGGUUUACUGUGGACAUCACUCCGCCGGUCAUACAGAUAGACAGCGUCGGUGUACAGAUCGGAAAUAACUCCUUCGAGCUAGAUUGGGAGCGUUCUCAUUACCAGAAGUCAGCGGAUUCUGUUAAUGCAAAUUGGCAUAUCAUCGAAUCAGAGGAUGCCAUUGCUUCCUCAUGGUUCUGCUACGGAAGUUACCCCGGUGCCUGUGACAUCUACCCGGUCACGAAUACAACAGACACGUCGGUACCUAACUCCCUGGUUAAACCGAAGAGUGACGGGAUGCCGAAUAUACUUACUGUGUCAUCCAUGAAUGUGGUUGGCCUUUGGGGACAGGCUAUCUCGGGAAGCUUGACUGUUGACGAGACGCCUCCUGUUGCCGGUGAGGUUUUCUGUCCCCAGUUUGUACAAGACUCCAGUGAGCUGUCCUGUCACUGGCACAGGUUCUACGAUACGGAGAGCACCAUCCAGUACUACAUGUUUGGUGUUGGGGAAGCUGAGGGAGGUGACUCCAUCUUUAACUUCACACGGAUCCCCAGUCAUCAAACGCACUUUAGUCCUGGAGGUGUCACUAUGACACAUGAUGCUACAUACUACGUCACUGUUGUUGGCUACAACGCUGUUGAGGACUCCCAAGCUGCGUUUUCUGCACCAAUAGUGGUUGACAACACCCCACCAAUAGCCGGUGUGGUGGUUGAACUCAGUGGGACUGAAAAUGUCAAUGUGACCACCAGACAUGGAGCAAAGACCUGCAUUUCUGAACAAGAAUGUAAUUCUCUGGAUGUGAAGUGCCAGGAUUCUCUCACUCAAGUCAUUGUGGCGUGGGAACCCUUCCAUGACCCGGAAAGCUCUAUCACACGGUAUGAAGUGGCGCUGGGUACCAGCCAGGGAGGUGGGCAGCUACAGGACUUUACAGUCAUCAAAACCGUGCAGAAUGUUGUGGUCAUAUCAGGUCUGGACCUGACAGAUGUCCGUCAUGUUUUUGCUACAGUACGUGGGACCAAUGCUGCGGGGUUGUCGACUGUAUCCACCUCAAAUGGUGUUUACAUCAGCCGUCUUAGUGCAGGGCGUCCGCCUUUCGAACAUCCCGUGGUCUGGGAUGGAGAGGAUUUUACAAAGGAUUUGGAUUAUCAAGACCACAAUGAGGAGUUGUCUGCCAAUUGGGACUUCAGCGGAGACCCGUGUCCCAUCUCUAAGUACGAGUGGAGUAUCCUGAAGGUGGACGGCACCGUCAUGCAGCCUUUUACUGAAGUCCCUUCAGGUCAAACGUAUGGUAACAACAACGAACUGAAGAUGCAUGACGGCCAAACUUUCUUCGUUGCUGUAAGAGCUACAAACGAGAUGGACUUCACGUACACAGUCAGGUCGGACGGCAUCACGGUCAUGCUGGAACCGCUCAUUCCCGGAGAGGUCCGUGACGGUGACAUCGUCGGAUAUGACCUGAACUUUCAGCCUUCAGUCACUUCCCUAUCUGCGAACUGGGACAGGUUUGGAAAACUUGAGGAAGACAAAGAACAGACGAUAGAGUACUAUGAGGUAGCCCUUGGGACUGACCGCCGCUUCCCCAGAACCAGGAACAACGUACAUCCUUACGUCAAUGUGGGGCUGAACCAAACACACACGUUCAACAAUCUACAGCUAAUUCCUCGCUCGGCAACAUACUACACCACCGUCAGGGCUCACAGCGUAUCAACGUCCGUAGCGGAGAUGACUUCUAACGGUAUACAAGUGGGCUAUGGUGGGCAGGUCUUAUCAGUUGGACAAGUAGACGUCAGCAGGUAUAUUUCGUCUACCGCCGGACUGUCGGUCUCCUGGAAAGGAUUCGCCUUUUCUCUCUCAGUUCUGUACAGCCACUGGGGAAUCGGAACCAUGGAUGGAAAUCUAACACACUUAGAAUGCAGAGAACUGCAAAUAUGUGAGGUGGAAGAGACUGAGGAAUGUGCCAGUUUGAUGGGCAGAUUUGAUGUCCAUCCGCUAACCAACGUGGGCAAGGAUACGGCAGUUGAAGCUAAAGACCUCGAACUCCUCCACAACAAAACAUAUAUAGUUGUUGUCAUAGUAACGGACCAGUCAGCGGAGUGUUCGCUUGCGUCAUCACUUGUAACUGUUGACGUCACUCCACCUUCCGGUGGAAGUGUCUGGCCCGGGCCUUACAAAGACAAGGCUGUAUCUUACUCAAGCAGAACUGAUGAACUGCAUGUUUCCUGGGCUGACUUCUCUGACCCAGAGAGCGGCAUUGAUCAUUACGAGAUCGCCGUGUUCUCAGGGGCAGCCUGUUCAGAGGACGCUGAUGAACGGUUCCAAGAAACGGAGUUUGUACUGGUUCCGUCCAAUUACACCGAAUACACUGUAACAGACAUCUCACUUCAGUCUGGCAUUCCGUAUUUCGUAAGGCUGAGAACCUUCAACAAGGCAGGCCUGUCAAUCAUAACGGAGUCUCCACCCAUCCUGUUGGAUCUGGAGGAUCCGAUUGGUGGAACGGUAAAAGAUGGGCGGGACUUCAGCAGUGACGUCACUCAUCAAAGUUCCACAACUACCGUGGAAGGUACGUUCAUCUAUCUGCCGAACCACGAUGGCGAACGGUGUCCUUCCCGUCAAUAUCUAAUGGAAGCUGAGGAGGUCGGAUGGGAUUCUGUCUCUUCAAACUCAAUUCUGGGCCUCAAGACUGACCACAGGAUACUGUUUUCUGAAGAUCAGAUAACGUUUGGUGACGAUGGCUUGUCUAUCACCAUGUCGAGAGAUGUACAACAGACACGGAUGUACUCAGGUGCGUACUCCACCCGGGCAGACAUGCAGGGAGGCGGCUCCUACAGGUUCGACAUGAUCGCUGCGAGCGGUGACAUCAAAGCCGUCACCAGUGUUGUGUUCUGGGACGGUCCGGCAGGCGUGGUGGGAGACUUGGAGGCUCCAGUAGAGCAGUGGGCUCGGGAGGAAGCAGCUACGUAUACUGAACCGACGGAUUGUACAUGUUGUCUAAAAAAUAUAGCAGGGGCUUCCACAAAUGCAACAGCAGCUCCUGCUGACAACGAUGACUGCUUCUGCAACUGUACCCACUAUCACAUGAAAGGAACUACAUCUACUCCACUGCUUAAAACAACGACGGAACCAGCGACAGAUACAAUGGGUUAUGAUAUAACCUUUGCAAGUUAUGAACUUUCAAGUGAGACUUCUGAAAGUCGAGUUUCCUAUAGAAGUUGUGGACUUCAAAUUCACCAAGGUAUCGUGGCUGGAGGUGUGGAGGGUCACUACGCUGUGUUGUGGUGCCGCUUUAAAAACGACACGAUUCCACCUCGGCGAGAGAUGGUCCGCCUGGACUUUGACCCAACAGAUGGAUGGCAUUCGUACGAGCUAAAAGUUACUAUAGGGAAGACUUUCGCUGUUGGGGAAGACUGGAUUCUGGAGCUUAUCGCAGACGGCAGACCGCUGACCAUCAUUAACGGCAUCCCAGUCUUCAGCGACCAGGCCCGGCUCACCCUGGCCGUCUGGAACCGGGACGACUUCGUACCUGAAGUGCAAGACGUCUUCCGCAGUCCCGAAACUAAUGCAUAUUUCAGAGACCUGAGGUUCCCGCCAAGCGCUGAUAACCUGUGCCGUUAUGGAGACCCAUUCCGUCCCGGGGACAACAGUAUCUCCGUCUUUUACGCAGGAGUGGGGACCGAGAAGCUGAAGGAUGAUGUCGCGCCUUUCCGUGAGGUCGCACGACCCUGCGUGCCUUGUGUGAAGCCAUGUGACAAGUUUGACUGUGACCCGGACUGCUCCAGUCUGGGCUCUUCAGCCUUCCAUGUCAGGAUAGACAACCUGACUCUCACUCCUAAUGUCAGCUUCAAGCAGCUGGAUGGUAUAAACGUUACAGACGGUGCUGCGGUCUACUACAUCACCGUUAAGGCUGUAACAGGGUCUGGCCGCACAACGUUGGCUUCCUCCAGUGGUGUGUACAUUGACGUCACAUCUCCGGAUAUCCAGAGUGUCGACCACGUGGACAUGUCGUGGGACGAUGAAGAGAUAGUACAGUACCAGGGAAGCAACAGCACCAUAGCUGUCAGGUACAGCGCCUUCGACAGGGAGAGUCAGAUUGCUGAGUAUUUCUGGGCCAUAGGAACGGCUCCAUGGGGGACUGACAUCCAGCGGCUUAAGUCUAAUGGUCUUCGGGACAUGGCCGUGAACUCUGACCUCGAGGGUGUUCUGCAUCAUGGAUUGACUUAUUACGUCACUCUUGUGGCAGUGAACGGUGCAGGCUUAAACAGCUCGGUGACGUCAUCAGGCGUCAAAGUGCUUCUGGGGUACCCAAAUGUCACCAGCAUGAGCACAGCUGUGCUGUUUGGCGUGGAUGUAUUAGAUGACGUCUACCCUGAUGACGUAGUGGAGUUGACUGACCUUACGCACGUUGGCAUCUCAUGGGAGCGUCCCCAGGAGGAACAAGCCAUCACCUCCAUAUACCUUAGCAUGAGUAGUAGUGAGGACGGAAUCGAUGACGUCUUCCCAGAGACUCGAGUUGGUUUUAAUGACUCCGGCAAUGUUGUCAUCGCGGACGGGAAGGUAGAAACUGGCGGCAAAGUCGUGAACAUCACGGACGUACAGCAGAGUACUGAAGUAGAGCAGAUGAUGGGGCCUGGUAGAUUUGUCAUGGAGCCUGGCAGGACUUUGUAUCCAAAGAUACUUGCCUGCAAUGGUGCUCACCGGUGCGCAACUGCUAAUGUGAAGAAGUUAACCUACAUCCGACCACGGGACCAUGUUGUGACGUCCCAUGGCGGCGAGGGAGUGGAGGUGGUGCUGAACAAGUCAGACUCUAAUACCAUAUUAAUAACAACGCCGGGAGGAUUGCGAAGAGGAACGACGCUGGUAUCUGGCUUACUUGAAAGCUAUGACUACACAUCAGACGCUUCAGCUGGCUUUAGAUCAUUCAUCUCCGACCCACGUCUUUCAAAGGACUUUACGGAUCGCUGGCUUAGGAUCAGGGUAAAUUGUUGGUUGGGCGUUAAUUUCUUCGUGACCACGCUUGGGAAUGUGGAGGUACCAGGUCCCAUCAACAUCACCCUGCCUAUCAACACAACACUCAUAGAGCCCGGACUGGAGCCACGUCUGCUCUACUGGAACUUGGAACAUGGGGAGUGGCAGGAUGCGCAGAGAACAUGCGGGAAGCCACAAAGGCCCAUAGAAUGGACAAAACAUAACGCAAGUUUUCAGGUGUGCAAAACAAAUACGUACAGCACCAAACGAGACCCGGGACGAGUAAGAGCGCUCAGAGCGGAAGACGAAACCGAAGAGUUCUUCCAAGGUUCCACGCACUUCGCCCUCGCUGCGGUUAACAAAGACUUGUUCAACUCUCGUCCCGUCAUCAGUUCCGAUGCGUACAUAACACUUCGUGAAGAUGAAGAAAGGGCGAUCCUGAUCAAGUAUUCUGACACCGAGAACGAUCGGCUUUCAUUUUCCAUCACUGUUCCUCCCAAGCAUGGAAGGGCUCAACUGCGCGACGGAGAGGAGUUUCCGAUCAUUUGGUACCAGCCCUGCCUGGAUUAUUUCGGCACAGACACAAUCAACAUCUCUGCUGUAGAGAUACUGCCAAACAACAUGGCUCCACAUCGCGUCAGCGUGCAGCUGGUGCUGGAGGUGGAGCCCCGCAAUGACGACCCGGUCCUGUUUGUCAUCGCUAACGACAGCCCUGUGUCCAAGGCUCCAGCAUUAUCCGUAGAACUGACUGUUGAAGUUAACCGCUUUUCCAAUGCCGUUUACAAAGAUCUGCAGAUCAUUGUAGCUGCAUAUGAUGUUGAUAAUUCAGACAGUAUAAAUCUGGCUUUUGAGGCACAAAGCAACUGCACUCUGUUGAUAUCAAACCAAAUACAUCAGGUUAGCUUUAACACCAGCCACCCGUGUAGGGGUCAGAACAACUGGUUUUCAGUCGUAGAAGCGUACGUGAAGAGCGGAACAACAGGACCGUUAGAGCUGGACUCGUGUGGAGCUGCAGCUCCGCAUCCCCUACAUGACAUGGGCUGGGUGUUCACGAGGCUCACCUACAGACCGGCUGUAAACUUCACAGGUAUGGAUACUAUCAAGGUCAAUGCACGAGAUGACCAAGGUGGCCUGUCCCGGGUCGUGAACCUUGACAUAUACGUGCUGGAGAAUCUCUGCCAACAUGGCGGAUCCUGUGUUGGUGACGUCACAGAUCCCAACUGUACAUCGCCACAGCGCAGUCAAGGUUUUGACGGGUACUGGUGUGACUGUACCAGCACACCUGGCUGGACAGGCAGAUUUUGUGAACUUGACUUUGACGACUGUUCCUCCACACCGUGUCCCGCAAAUUACACUUGUAUCGACAAGCUGAAUGGUUACCUCUGUGACUGUGGCGAUCCCAGCUGGCCUUGUGGACAUGCCCUGGAACCCUGGGAGGUCGGUGUGAUCGCGGGAGGCGCGCUGGCGGCAGCUGUCCUCGUCAUCCUGGCGUUCUUCUGGUGGAAAAAGUGGCAAAAAUCCAGUCCUAAGACGAGAAAGGGUGGUUCGAUGUUCCUGAAAGGCGCGAGAGUGGCACCCAUGGUCACUGACUUGCCACUCACCAGUCUCUCCAGCAGUAAACCCGGAGACAAACAGACUAACACAGGCAUCAAAGCCCGCGCUCCUGAGGCAUCCCAAUCCGAUGUUGCCUCCGGCACCGACGAAGCCUUGUCUACAUUAGGGAGACCAGACUAUACCGCAUUCCAAAGCGUGCCCCGGGCUUGGGAGACUGACGCCGCUGGCGCUGCGGACAGACAGGCUGCCGCCCUGCUGAGCUGGGAGUGGAACCCGAAGCACAGUGUGGAGAGUCUGGAUGGUGCCGCAAGCCGCCCGACCAGACCCGCCACUGAGCUGAGAGAACUGCGGGGGUUAGCUGCCAGGAGAGCCGCUCCGUGAACAUGGACACCCGACCGGCUUACAUACGUCAAGUAGUACAUGUAGUAAUCGGCGUUCUUCGCCUGUUUGGAGUGUGGUUGCUCUCGGAUUCAAGUUUAAUGCGUAAAAUCCAUUAUUCGUUGAAUUGAAUGUAACAACAUAACAUUACACUGAUAAACUGACAAAUUUCAUUUAACCGUCAAAUAUUCUGAUGCAAGCUGUUGAAUGAAUAGCCAUAACACUAUUACAGACUCACUAACUUCUUAUAAACGUAUGCAUUUGGGAAAUGUCGAAAAAGACAAAUAUGCAAUCAGAACCGUGCAAAGUGCUUUGUCACACGCCCUUGUGGUGUUGCCUAGACCUGGUGUGUGUUAACGAUUUGCAAAUAAACAAGCUACAGCA